GAGAUGGAGUUCGACUGCGAGAGUCUCAGGCGGCUCCUGGGCAAGGUGCAGGCAGCCCGCCGGACCGGGUCUGAGGGUCCGGGGUGUCGGGGCUGAGCUAUCUCCUCGUGGGGGUUCCCAGACUAGUCGCGGCGAUUGGAGCGGAGGCGGGCUGGCCAGAAGCCGGCUCUGGGGAGUGGUCCCUGGGAGGCCGCGGGCUUCUCCUUCGGGAGCCCUACAUCCCUCGGGUCGGGGCUGUGGCUCCGCCCACGACUCCGAAACCCCUGCCCUCCACGCGGUGUGAGUUCUCACGCCACCAGCGUUUCGGCGACUUAGCUCCCAGCGCUCGCCAGUGCCUUUAACCACGCCUUUCCCUAUGUUGAAAUGGCCUGCCCCCCCUCCUUUUUUUUUUGCUUUGCAAUCUUCCCUUCUGAGACUCAGCUCAGAUGUCACUCCCUGCAAGAUGGAAUCACGCCCUUCGCUCCGCUUGCCUUCAGAAUACAAGUUCAGAGAUCUAACUGUGGAAGAACUAAAGAAUGUAAAUAGGUUUUUCCCACAUUUCAGAUAUUCCAUGGACACCUAUGUGUUCAAAGAUAGUUCCCAGAAAGACCUGCUGAAUUUCACUGGCACUAUUCCUGUGAUGUACCAUGGUAAUACAUACAACAUACCAAUUCGUUUGUGGAUCUUGGAUUCCCACCCUUUUGCUCCCCCCAUUUGCUUCUUAAAGCCAACUGCAAAUAUGGGUGUCUCAGUUGGAAAACAUGUGGAUGCUCAAGGCAGAAUAUACUUGCCCUAUCUUCAAAACUGGAGCCAUCCUAAGUCUGUCAUUGUUGGACUAAUUAAAGAAAUGAUUGCCAAGUUUCAAGAGGAACUUCCCCUGUAUUCUCUACCGUCGUCUGAUGAGGCACGGCAGGUAGACUUGCUAGCCUAUAUUGCAAAAAUCACUGAAGGUGUCUCAGACAUAAGUUCAAAGAACUGGGCAAAUCAUGAGCAUAAAACAGUCAAUAAAAUUACUGUGGUUGGAGGUGGAGAACUGGGAAUUGCCUGCACAUUAGCAAUCUCAGCAAAGGGCAUUGCAGACAGACUGGUCCUCUUGGACCUCUCAGAAGAGACGAAAGGAGGAGUGAUGGACCUUGACAUCUUUAACCUGCCUAAUGUGGAGAUCAGCAAAGAUUUGUCUGCCUCUGCUCAUUCCAAGGUGGUGAUCUUCACAGUCAACUCUUUGGGUAGUUCUCAGUCCUACCUUGAUGUGGUACAAAGCAAUGUGGAUAUGUUCAGAGCCCUUGUCCCAGCUCUGGGACACUAUAGUCAACAUGGUAUCCUGCUUGUUGCAUCUCAACCAGUGGAAAUCAUGACUUAUGUGACGUGGAAACUGAGUGCAUUUCCUACAAAUCGAGUGAUUGGAAUUGGAUGUAAUCUGGAUUCACAGAGAUUACAGUACAUUAUUACAAAUGUUUUGAAGGCACAAAUGUCAGGAAAACAAGUAUGGGUUAUUGGUGAGCAGGGAGAAGACAAAGUGCCCACAUGGGGUGGCCAAGAAGAAGUGAUGAGUCAUAACUCUCAAGUGCAGUUGUCCAACAGAGCCAUGGAGGUGUUACGGGUAAAAGGUCAAAGAUCCUGGUCUGUUGGACUAUCAGUGGCUGACCUGGUUGACAGUAUUGUAAAUGAUAAAAAGAAAGUACAUUCUGUAUCAAUUUUAGCAAAGGGAUAUUAUGAUAUAAACAAUGAAGUGUUUUUAAGUUUGCCUUGCAUCCUUGGAUCCAAUGGAGUAUCUGAAGUCAUCCAAAGCACAGUGAAGGAAGAUACAGCAACUGAGAAACUCCAAAGCAGUGCAUCAUCAAUCCAUGGUCUCCAACAACAGUUAAAACUUUGAUCCUAAAGUACAGAGUUACCUGAAAGGAAAGGUCAUUUAAUUUUGCCAACACAUACAGGGUUGAGAACUUCUGUAUCUUAUUAGUUACCCUUACAAACUGCUUGGUUAAGAUAGACGGUUUCCAGUUAGCGCUGUAAUUUGAAUCCUUAGGGAGUUAGAUAAGGAGGGGGAAGAAAUCUAAUUUUCUUUGUCAUUCUUGAGAUAUCUAAACUGUUCUUUAAAUCUAUAGAAGAUGUAGACAUUCAUCUACAAUCUACAAUAUGCAUCAUUUAAAUUUAUGGAUCCUCAUCUAAAAGCACAUUCAGCACUUUGGGAAUAUUUUGAAAGUAAUAUACUUUUAAAAGAAAAUUACUCUUUAUUACAAUAAACAUGAUAAGCUGACGGUCCAGUAUUGGUUUACAGAAUCUGUGCUGGUGUGCUUUCAAGAGAUCCACAGCUUAAGGUAUUGUUUCUUCUUUAAAAUAAAAUCAGUAGUAAUAGGAAAGCAUUUUGUUUUCCCUCUUUAAAUUAAUUAGCUACCCCUGGGUGUCUCAGUUGGUUAAGC